AACACAGUGUUUUGAUCGGCGCGGCGUGUAUAAAGAACAAUUGUUGUCUGCUAUGGAAUGAUACGGAAGGGGAUAGAAGCGUAAUCACUAAGUUACUGAACUGAUAUCAUUCAUGGGCGUCCUUGAAUAGCCCCUCCUUUUGUUUAAAAAUAGUAGAAAAUGGGAUCUGUGUGGAAGCGUCUUCAGCGUGUAAACAAGAGAGCAGCCAAAUUUCAGUUCACUGUCUCCUACAAUGAACUGGUGGUGGAAACAACUUCCAAAUGGCAACCAAAUAUGCUGUCAGUGACAUGGACCCGUCGUAAUCGCAGACUUUCCACAGAACCUAGAAAAUGGGAUCCUACCAUGAAAAACCCAAUGAAAGGUUUGGUGGUAUGGACUGUUCCAGAAAACAAAGAAGCCUCUAUUACACUGUUUGGAGACCCAAGAUCCCAUGAUUUUGAAGAUAAAAUGUGGACCUUUUUUGUUGAAGAUAUUUCUAGUACAGGAAAGCGCCGCCAACUAGCCAGUGCUUGCUUAAAUAUGAAAUUGUAUGCUAGUAUGGUACCAAGUCAACAGCCAGUAAAGCUGAAGAUGACAAUCUCGUCGAAAAAGAUCGUUUCAGCAUCUCUCAACUUGACCGUUUCUUGCGUUUUCGUUAGAGAAGGAAAAGCCACGGAUGAGGACAUGCAAAGCUUAGCAAGUUUAAUGUCAGUCAACACAACAGGAGACAUCGCUCCUUUAGAAGAUUUCGAAGAAGAAGAUUGUAUCGAACCCAACUCAGAAUUAUUGGACCUUACUUCACAAAUCAGUCAAUUUCUUAUGGAAACUGAAGAAGGCUAUCAGGCGGUAACAGCGGAAAAGGUAGAUCCGCCAGUCGUCCCAAAAACAAAUGAAAUCAGCGAACAGAUGGCCGAGAAAGAAGUUUCAGACUCAACUCCGAUAAUCCAAGAAAGUUCGAAGCCUAGACCUACAACAUUGGACCUGAAUACCCAUGCUGAACCUGCUCCCGUCUGUCCUACGGUUGAUCAACCAGAGGAAGAACGUUUGACAUUGAAUCAUCAAGUGACAGAUAUGGCAGUCAAAGAUCAACCGAUCGAAAUUCAAACACCAGUUGUUGCUCAGUCUACCUCAGUGGCAGUAAACCCUAGCAAAGAUCUGCUCGAGUGGUGUCAAGAAGUCACGCAAGGCUAUAGUGGAGUAAGAAUAACAAAUAUGACAACUUCCUGGCGGAAUGGAUUGGCCUUCUGUGCCAUUUUGCAUCGUUUCCGUCCAGAUUUGAUAGAUUUCGAGUCAUUGAGCUCUCAAGAUACUCGAGGCAACUGCAAGUUAGCUUUCGAAACGGCUGAGAAACUGGGCAUUCCUCGAGUAAUAGAACCUGCCGAUAUGGUUUUAUUAAAUGUGCCUGACAAAUUGGCCGUCAUGACGUAUCUGCAUCAGUUGCGGGCCCAUUUUACUGGUCAGGAGAUGUCGGUUGCUCAGCUUGCAGGUGGUACCGAGGAUUCUUCCUACACGUCCACCUUUCAAAACCCUUCGGAUAACCAGUUGGAAAGGAGCGAAAUCACACGGGAGAUUAUUAGUCAAGAACUGAAAGAAGAGGCCGGAAGGAGACGAAGGCAGAGCAGCGGAAGCGGAAGUGGAGUUAUCUUCCGUCGUGAACGGAUUAGUCCCAUGGACGAAAAUGUCAUGAUCGCUUCCGGAACGGCCACUGCCGCCGCAGCCGUACAGAUGGUCAAAGACAAGGCGAAAUCCCUCACGUCAGAGUUAAUCAAAUUUGGCAAAGUGUUAUCGCCUACGAAAGAGAAAUCGCCUUCUAGCCCUGUAGAAUCUCCAGUCCGACCCAGUCAGGUAAGGAACGGUCCUCCGUUGAUGACUCGUCAGCAACUGACGGACCCGUUCGGCUCUGACGAUGAAGACGAAACACCAACCAAAGUGGCGAAUGAAAGCCCGGAACGACGCCCUAGUCCGAGAGAAGAGUCGGCGGAAAAGAUCCGACGUGAUAGUCAAGUCCCUUCUUUAUUGGUCAUCGCCGGAACGGCCGAAGAAGAACUCGAGGUGAUCAAAUCGAAUCCACGAGACUCGAAAACAGAUGAUUUGAAGGAGAGAGCUCGCAAACUACUGGAACAAACCAAAAUAGAAGCAGCUGCUUCUUCGUCGGUGAAAUCGUUAUCGAAACAAGGUUCCCAGGAAGAGGACGAACGUCAGCAGCAGUUGAGAGAACGAGCUCGCAAGUUGAUUGCUGAAGCUCGUCAAGGUCUGUCGACACCCGCAUCGACACCCGUCACGGAAUCGGUGAAUAACGGCGUGAGCCGGAAGAGUUCCAGCAGCCGUAGUCACAGCCACAGUCCGAGUCCCAGCCCGACGGAAUCAAUUCAAAAGUUCCUCAGUAGCGGUGGCAGCCGCUUGCAACACCUCAAAGGAAUGGUAGACAAGGCUCAAGAGGCUUCCAAUCGCAAAUCAAAGACACCAGAUCGUGAAAAAACGCCGGUGUAUAUCGGCAACGCCAGUGCGGCCGCCGAAGGCGCUAGACGUGACACGAGCAAUUACAUAGCCAACGAACUGGAGACGCUCGAAAAGGAGCAGUUGAAGAUUGACCAGCAGGCGGCCAUUUUGGAGCGUAAACUACGCAAGCUGAUGGAGCCCAGCCGUGGCGGUGGCGGCCCUGGUGUCGGUGUGGGAAACCGCAACGAGACCGAAGAACAGCUCAUGCAGCAAUGGUUUACAUUGGUGAACAAAAAGAACGCUCUCAUUCGCCGACAAAUGCAACUCAACAUUCUUGAGAAGGAGGACGACCUGGAACGGAGAUUUGUCCUACUCGACCAAGAGCUGCGUGAUAUUUUAUCGAUUGAAGAUUGGCAGAAGACGGAAGCGCAGAAGCUGCGCGAAAAACUGCUGCUCGAAGAAUUGGUGGCCAUCGUCAACAAGCGUGACGAGCUCGUCCACCACUUGGACAGUCAAGAGAAGGCGAUCGAAGAAGAUGAUCUGAUUCAAAGGGAAGUACACAACGCUGAUUUGAGCAAUCACGACCGGGGCUGCGUGAUUCAAUAAUAGUGGGUCGAAACUACUAAACCCUGGCCGUCUUCCUGGGCCCUCCACGGUGGGAAAACGGAAAUUAUCAAACGGAACAAUAAUAAUUCGGAAUCAUAAUAAUUAAUCAUGCCAUAAAAUUAAGCUUUGAUUUUAAAAAAUAAUAAGAAGAAUAAUUAGCGUAGCCGACGCUAAAAUUAUCGCAAUGGCUUUUUUGUUUCCUACAUGUAGAUCACAUUGAAAAGAGAGAAAGAAAAAGAUUCUAUUUCGCUACCCCUUGGCCACCCUUCCCCACAACUCAUUUCGCAUUUGAAUACUCCUUUUUUUUUUCUAAAGAAAAGUGCUAGUUUAAAUAGUUCCAUCGACUUUGUAACGAAAGAGCGUGAUAAACUCCCCUACCCUGCUCCCGCGAAAAAUGUUAGCGCGUCACGUGUGCGAUGGUUAAGUUGUGUGCUGUAUCUCCUCCUAACAAUCCAGAGGUACAUCGAUUUUGAGCUUUGCUUUCUCUACUCUUUUAAAAUUAAUUAUGAUAUAUUUCUUUUGAAUUCUUUAGUUGCCUGCAUCUCCUAAAUGCUCUGGUCUCUAGCUCAGCCUUUUUCGUAUUUCCCGCCUCCUCAUUUGAAAUGAAUUGCAUCUUAUUCCCCCCUCCCUCCCUUCUUAUAUCCCCUCUCCCCCGUAUGAUAUAUACAUAUUUGGACGGCGUCUAGUCGGAUAACUUUCAUGCGCGAAAAAAAAAAAUACAAGUGAAAAUUGGA